AUGUCCCGUUACGCAGACGCCCACAAGAACACCUCUGGUCCGGGUGAUGCUCGUCCAACAGCUCUACAAAUCGUGCGCGAUGAAGGUCUUGAAGACGCUUUGACAGAUAAAGUCUUUUUGAUCACUGGUACCUCUGCGGGAAUUGGAGUUGAGGUAGGCCGUGCAAUUGCUGCAACCGGCGCCCGUGUUUUUCUCGCUGUACGUGAUCUUGAAAAGGGCAAGGCUGCUUGCUCUUCUUUCCUUAAACCCGGCCAAGUCGACUUGAUACAUCUUGAUACAUCCGAUAUGUCCUCAGUUCGCGCAUGCGCCGCUGAGUUCCUGGAGAAAUCGCCUACACUCAAUGUCCUCAUUAACAAUGCCGCUAUCAUGGCGACACCUACACGCAUCGAGACCAAGGAUGGUUUCGAGCAACAAUUAGCAACUAACUAUCUCGGCCACUUCCUCCUCUUCUGGCUCCUCAAAGACGCGCUUCUCAAAGGAUCAACGGCUGAGUUCAACUCCCGCGUCGUCAACGUAUCAUCCUCAGGCCACCACGCUUCAGAGAUCAUAUACGACGACUUCCAGCUCAAAGGGCCAGACGCUUACAGUCCUUUCAAGGCCUACGGUCAAAGCAAGCUUGCCCAGAUUUACAUGUCAAACUACAUCGACCGUGCUUACGGUCCAAAGGGUCUUCACGCUACAAGCGUCAUGCCAGGUGGAAUCGCAUCAAAUCUCCAGAAGCAUAUGCCUGAGUCGGUGCUCAAGAACAUGAAGGAGGAUCCAAAGACGAUCAGAUUUAUGAAAAGUCCCGAGCAAGGUGCUGCGACUACGGUUCUCGCAGCAGUUGGUAAAGAGUGGGAGGGUAAAGGCGGGAAGUAUCUUGAGGACUGUCGACCAUCCAGGCCGGAGCCGUUGAUCCCGGGUAUGAUAGGGCAUAAGGAUUAUAUCUAUGUUUCAGAGAAGGAGAACCGAACUUGGGAGCUUACCUUGGAGACACUAGGUCUCCAGGAAGUGUAUUAG